CUUAAAUUACACUUGAAAUAUUAUUAAAAAUGUCAUGGAUUUACCUCUAAAAAUGUGAAUAAAAUAGCAAAAAAUAUAUUUACAAUGUAGAUGCAACCAAAAUCUUAAUAGGUCAAUAUAACCCUUCUAAUAAAAUUAUUAUUAGCUACCAUGUUUCGAUGGUGACAAAUUUGGGGAAAGGACAAAUACUCAAAAACUUUUUGACAAUUUGCAUACAUAAAAUUUGGAAAAAGAGACACUUUUUUUCAAGAUGCUUUCAACUCUGUCUUUGGUCCAAUUCUAUAGAAUGGCCCAUAUAUAGGAUAUGCAUUGAUUAGAUGUUUGAAAAGCAAAGAAAAAAAAAUCACUAAUCUUCUUGUCGCUGCAUUGCAACUGACAGAUUAGAAUCAGCCGUUUGGCUAAUUAGUAUGGACGUGACAAGAGGCAUCCAUAAUUAACAAACACCCAGUGCCAGCUGUGACCAGUUUCAGAAAAAAAUUCAAAGGCCUUUCUAAAAUGACUCCUGACCCUACAUUGCAAACAUAAUUUGAAUCCCAACUCACAUUCUAAAUAAAAAUCUACAUAAGAUGAGGAUAAACGCAACAUAAGUUACUCUCAUGGGAGGAGAUUCUGGUCAUUGCAAUCAGUAACACAUGGAGAAAUGUCAGGGUCUUAAUUUAGGUUGGUAGGGUACAGAGGUGUGCCCCUCAGUCCCCACCCCUGUUUGCUCGCUAGAUGAGGUAGAUAUCUGGGAGGUUCAGAACAGUAAGAGAGAAUCAGUUUUCAGGAACAUUGAGCAAGUUGAGACCUGACCUGUACAAAGCAUCAUGGGUGGAGCGGUUGUAGACACUGGUGACACUGGGGUCAAGGCACCUGAUGGAGGAUGGGGUUGGGCUGUCCUCUUCGGCUGCUUCAUCAUUACUGGUUUCUCCUAUGCGUUUCCCAAAGCGGUCAGCGUCUUCUUCAAAGAACUCAUCCGGGAGUUUGGAGUGGGCUACAGUGACACGGCUUGGAUCUCCUCCAUACUUCUUGCAAUGCUUUAUGGCUCAGGGCCUAUAUGCAGCAUCCUAGUGAACCGUUUCGGGUGUCGCCCCGUAAUGAUGGUCGGGGGCCUUUUUGCCUCGCUGGGCAUGAUUAUGGCAUCCUUUGCGACCAACAUUAUCCACAUCUAUCUCAGCACAGGAGUCAUAACAGGUUUGGGUCUUGCUCUGAACUUUCAGCCAUCCCUCAUCAUGCUGAACAGAUAUUUCAGUGAGAAAAGGCCCUUGGCCAAUGGGUUGGCUGCAGCUGGAAGUCCCGUGGCUCUGUGCUGUUUGUCUCCUCUUGGUCAGGUUCUUCAAUACCAGUAUGGUUGGCGUGGUGGCUUCCUCAUCCUUGGAGGAAUUCUACUGAACUGCUGUGCAUGUGGAGCCCUCAUGAGGCCCUUGACGGCACCGAAGAAAACAAGCAAGGUGGAAGAAAAGGAGACUGAAUCCAAACCCAAACCAAAGCCCAAGCUUCUUGAUUUCACCGUCUUCAAAGAUCGUGGCUUUUUGAUUUACACGGUGGCUGCUGCCAUUAUGGUACUAGGUCUGUUUGUGCCUCCUGUGUUUGUGGUAAGCUAUGCCAAGGAACUGGGCAAUGAGGACACAAAGUCUGCCUUGCUGCUCACCAUACUGGGGUUCAUCGAUAUCUUUGCCAGGCCAACUUGCGGUAUCAUCGCUGGGCUCAAGUGGGUUCGGCCACGAUGCGUAUACCUCUUCAGUUUCGCCAUGAUCUUCAAUGGCACCACUGAUAUUAUUGGCUCCUUGGCCACAGACUAUUCAUCUCUCGUGGUGUUCUGCAUCUUCUUCGGUAUCUCCUAUGGCAUGGUUGGAGCCUUGCAGUUUGAAGUGUUGAUGGCCAUCGUGGGGACAGAGAAGUUCUCCAGUGCCAUCGGCUUGGUGCUGUUGGUUGAAGCCAUUGCUGUGUUGGUGGGACCACCUGGAGCAGGUCGUCUUCUGGACGCCACAAAGAAUUACAUGUACGUCUUCCUGCUGGCCGGGUGUGAGGUGGUCCUCUCAGCGCUUGUGCUUGCCAUCUGUAACAUGCUCUUCAUCAAAAGGAAGCCCCAACAGCCCGACCCUCCAGCCAAGAUGGAGAUGGCCAUUACCGAGACUGAGAUGGAGGAGCUCAACAAAGCACCAAAGGAAAACCUAGACAACGGGGGCGGUGAAAACGAGAAGCAAGCCAUCGAACAGGAAGGAACGACAAAACCUGAUGAUAAAAAUAUUGAAGAGUCUGAAAGCAUAGGGGUGGACUCGAUAGAGGUGGAGAACGCUUCCAAAAAGAUGAUUGAACCAAACGGUGUGGUUGUAGAACCUGAAUCCUCUCUGUGAAGAUGCUAGAACAAUAGAUACAACAGCGCUUCCCUUGUAGGACUCACGGAUGUGCGUUUGAUGUUGUAGUGUAUGCUUUUUGUAUCGCACUUCAAGUGUGGUUGCAGAGGACCGCUUUCAGACCUGCUCUACAGUUCAGAUUCAGCCAUUUGCAGGCAGAUCAGAACCUUUUAUGUUCUCAAUAGGUUCUUGUUACAAAAAAUAGAUUGUUUAUACAGUGGCACCAGAUUUUUGGCCAGUAAACACUCCACAUCAGAGCAGGUCAUUAGCAUUAUACUGAAUAUUGAACCAGCUUGCUGCUUUGUGGCAUUCAGUGUUUGCUAAUGUGAAUUGUUGGUUUUUAGUGUAACAUUUUAAACUGGUCCUGGGAGAGCACAGGAUUGUAUUAAGUCCUGUAUUUUAGAAAAAUCAAAAUGUCAUGCAAAUGAGGAUCCUAGUUAGUCUUUUUAAAUUGGAGACAUUCUUGAAGAAUGUACAGAGUUCAGACAUGUUUGUAUUUUUGUGGAACAUUUCAAAGGAUGUAAAUGCUGAAGGACAAAGCUCUGUUACAUAUUUUUAUAGUGCUUUUUUUUUUUUAUUUUUUUUAUUUUUUUUUUUUUUUUGCCAUUUUGUUGAUUUUUAACUUCCUCGUGUAGGUUCAGUAUUUAUAUUAAAGUGUUGAUGUCAGUUGGCAGCUUCACUUCAUAUUUAUUUGUAUUUUAUUCAUCUAAAUGCCAGUGUUUUCAGACCAACUGCAUCAAUCAGGAGAGGACCACAGCUUGUAGUUGUGAUAUGUUGGUUGUGUAACACUUUUUAGCUCAUUCAACAUUCACUCAAAUGUUGUUGUGUGUUUUUUUUUUUUUUUUUUUUUUUUUGGAACCCAAAUAGUACUACACUAUUUAUGAAAAUGGUGGUAUGGAUAGAACCCUUCUAAACUUUACCUCAUUUUUUCUUCCACCAGCAGUUUGUGAGUAGGGACCCUCUUCUGCUACGUUUUAAAGACACUUGAGCUGUUUUUGGUUGUGCCUUAAGUCUUGUAGCUGUACACAAUUUGUGAAUCACUUUAGAAAUAAACAUCCUUCCCUCUCCACUGAA